UUCCGGGUGUGGGUUCCUUCUUUUCUGUCUCCGGAGUUCAGCUCAGCAGCAUGGAGGGAGAGAGUGUAAACCGGUGGGAAGAGAUUGAAAAGGCUGAGAAAGAGAAGAGACGAGAGCUCGUCCUGCAGGGAGCCAACAUCGAUAAGAAAAUUCAGCAAGCUGGGGGGCUGAAUCCCAAAAUAUACGAAUUAACACUCCUGAAUUACCUUGAAAUCAGCCAGUGUCCGAGUCUCCGGGUAUUGCAUCAGGGAAUCGAGAAUCUCCUCCAUCUCCAGAGUCUGAUACUCUGCAGGAACAAACUGUCCGAGAUCCCCAAAGGCGUAGGCAGUCUCAAGUUUUUGAAAGUCUUGGACGUCUCCGUCAACGAGCUGGUUUCCUUACCCGAUGAAGUCUCACAGCUCGGCGAGCUCACCACUCUGAACAUCAGUUGCAAUAAGAUCCAAACCUUGCCCGGCGGGCUCAGCAGGUGCACAAAGCUGUCUUCCAUCAACAUCUCCAAAAAUGAGAUCACCAAGUUCCCUGACGAUUUAUAUUCGGAUGAGCUGGAGUUGCUCAGCACGAUCAUAGCCUCGGAGAACGCAAUCGAGGAGCUGAGCGGAGAAAUCCGUUGUCUGACGGCUCUCAAGAAUUUGGAUCUGUCUAACAACAAGCUGACUGACAUCCCCGCCGAGCUGGCCGACUGCGCCAGGCUGAAGGAGAUCAACUUUCGCGGCAACAGCCUGAAGGAUAAGCGUCUGGAGAAGAUGGUGAAUGGCUGUCAGACCAAGUCCGUCCUGGACUACCUUCGAGCCGGUGGGAGAGGGAGAGGAAAGGGCAAACCCCAGGAGGCUGGGGAAAAGGAGGCGGGGAGGGAGAAAGAGAGGAAGAAGAAAGCUGACAGGCGACAGAAGAGCAAAAAAGAGACGGAGGAGGAGGAGGAGGAGGAUCUGAAUCGGAUGGUGGUCAGGAUCCUGCACGUCUCCGAGAGCCCAGCUGCACUCACAGUAAAGGCCACCCCAGCGGUUAAAGACGUGCGGCCCUACAUCGUGUGCUGUGUGGUGAAGGGGAUGAACCUGAAGCCCGGCAAUGCCCUGAAACGGUUUCUCACAGCGCAGAUCAAGCUCCACGAUGAGAUCUGCGAGAAGAGAACAGCUGCCACUAUAGCGACUCAUGACCUUCAGCUCGUCAAAGGGCCUCUACUGUAUGAUGCAAGGCCACCCAAAACACUAAAGAUCAUCCCGCUGGGCCGGAAGGAGAUGAAGGCGGUGGAUUUAGUGAGGCAGCUCCAGCUGGAAGCGGAGGAGCAGAGGAAACAGAAGAGGCGUCAGAAUGUGUCUGGGCUCCACAAGUACCUGCAGCUUCUGGAUGGGAAGGAAAACUACCCCUGUGUGGUUGAUGCAGACGAUCAUGUCAUCUCGUUCCCGCCAAUCACCAACAGUGACAAGACAAAGAUGAGAAAGUCUACUAGAGAGCUAUUUGUAGAAGUGACCAGCUCAACCAGCCUGCAGAUCUGCAAGGAUAUCAUGGAUUCUCUGAUUGUGAAAAUGGCAGAGCUGAACAAGUUCACCUUUGACCACCGGGAGGAAGCGACAUCAGACGGGGAGGACGGUCCAGCGCGCCGGGAGGAGGCCGUGGAGCCCCCCGGCGAUGAAACCGCCUCUCCGGAGCUCAUUGUACAGCAGGUUCGAAUCGCGGACACUGAUGGAAACCUGAAAGUGGUCUACCCAUCUAAAACGGAUCUUAACGUGGACGUGAGAAACCUGACUGUUAUCCGCUAGCGCCGAGUGAGGCCUCUGUUCCUGUGGGAUCGGCCCUGUUUCCCUCUGCAUCCUUUUGAGCAGGAGUGGCUCUGAAAGAAAUUAAAGUCCGUCUGUAUUGCUGUAUUGUUGUGCUGUAAAAGUGAAAAAAUAAGAAGGGAAAGAGUUACUAAUGAGUGGAAUCCAGAAGGCCCAUCUAGCCUGUUUGCUAGGUAUUAUCUCUCAAUCCCAGGAUCUCAGACAGCUGUUUCCUGAAGGAAACCAGGGUAUCAGCUUUAACACCGUGGCUGGGCACCUUGUUAGGUGUGGAACACAGUUCGUAUGCUUCCCUUAAACACCUCCUGUUCAGUAGCUUUGAGAAGCCUUUUCUGAAGCUUAUUUUUUUAAAUAGCAGAGUUGAUCAACACAGAAAAUACCACUUAUCAGGAGGAGGAGCAGAGCAGUCGUACCCAGCACAAUCUACCAAUAAGUAACAAUGCCAGGCAAAUGGGGAAGGUUUAAA